AGUGUGCGGCUAUAUCGAGAAAAGGACGUUCCUCUCGAAGAGUGCAAAGAACAAGAAGCUUUUGGUUGGAGAUCAAAAUUUUUAGCUGGUUCGUUCGGGGUGGUUCGCAAGUCUGGGCACCUUCCAAUAUUAAUUCGAUUUUGUUCGUCGCUCGUUGCUGGUGGAUUUUUCCUGUGCGACUGGUUGAGGUCGAAUGGUACACUUUGCAAUGGCGCAGCAAUAGAUUCGACGUGGUGAUUUGGCGAUUUUUGUUCAGAAACUACUAUGGAUCCUUCAACGUUCGCGAUCUGGGACCCCUCUCAGCCGAAUGCCAAAAUGAAGAUCAUCAAUAUUCCCGGGCAGGGCCCGGCGCAGCUAAUAGAAACCGUAUCGCCUAAUGGCGGUACAUCAGGCCAAGCCGAACAAAUUAUACUGCAAACGCACGAUGGCCAAGAGUUCCUGGUGGACGAAAACGAUAUCGGCCGGAUAGACCAGAUUCCUCCAGAGAACCUAAUCUACAUGGCCACCGACGAUGGCUCGUUAAUACAGGGCGAAGUGGUACACGUACAGCCGGAAGAUAUACACCAACAGGUGAUACAUCAAGGCCAGGAGUACAUGGAGUGUGAAGUGACAGAGGAAGUUAUUACCGACGAUUGGGUCCAAACCGAUGGCCAGGAAUGUGUCCAAGUUACAGUGGAUCAACUGGGAGCGACCACCGUCAUUGGUGCCACCGAGGAUGACAUCACGGUGCCGCUACCAACCGAUCAGGAUGAGUAUACAACCUCUCGGCCGUAUCCGUGCGAUUUCUGCAGCCGAAGGUUUAGGAAAAAGACCAACCUGAUGAACCAUAUGAUUGCACACUCAAACGAUCGACCGCACGUAUGUAACUUGUGUGGAGCCCAGUACAUGAGACGGGGUGAUCUACUGAAUCACCUGAAACUACACGCAUACGUUCCGGACGAUCAGGAGGAGUCGAUGCGGCACGACACAGAUGAAUUUGAAUACGAUCUUUCCGGAUCAACGCCGCCCAGUCUGAAACCAUUCUCCGAAGACGAGGACGACCUGCUGAUCCCAGCGGCCACACGUUACGUGCCUGUUCCAACACCAGCGCCGAAGGCGUCUAAAAAACCUCGAGCAAAGCCCAGCGCUUCUAAAUCCGGCAAAAAAUCAUCCAAGGCUCGUCAAUCUCAAGCGCAACGGCAACAACAGGAAACUAAAUUCAACCCGUCGGUGGAACCGUUCGUCAACCUUCCACCACGGUAUCCAGUGACCGACGACCGAAAGCCAUUCGUUUGCCAGAAAUGUGGCAUCUCAUUUGCCCGGGAGUCGGCACUGGCCUCGCACGCUCGUAUACAUGGGGGCGACUCUCCCUUCGACUGCGAAACGUGCGGACAUCGGUUCUGGGACCGCGUAAUGCUACAGGAACAUAUCCGGCAACGGCAUGCCGCCAAUUUGGUAGCUGCUCCAACAGAGAUAUCUGCGCUGGCUGAUAACGUGGCAACACAUCUGGAAGAUGCUGAUCAAGAUAACAUCGUCGAAGAAGACGUUGAAGGUCAAUAUUACUGCGACAAUUGCGGAGUAAUGUUUCAAAAACGGGAACUAUUGAAACGACACAUAAAACAGGUUCAUUCUGUUCGAGAGCAAAAAUUCGAACCGAUUAGUCAAAUUGUUCGCCAGCGACAGCAGAAUCAACAGCAGAUACAGGAGGAGGAGGAGGAAGACGACGAAGAUACAGACAACCAGAUGGAAGAAAUCGAACCUCAACAAUCCCUGUCCUGUAACGUAUGCGGAGAAGUUUUCGUGGAAGCACUGGAUCUAUUGGCCCACGCGGAAAUCCACGCCCGGUUCGAACCCCACAAGUGCCAGCUUUGCCGGGAAUCCUUUCCGGACGAAAGCACCAUCAAAGAGCAUGUUCAGAACCAGCAUACCCACGAACUGACGGAAACUUCCUGUGUGAUUUGCGGAAAGCCCUGCAAGAAUCAUGCCGGCCUGUUGAAGCACGCCUUCGAGCAUUCGCGCGAGCGGACCAAACUAUUCGGAACGCACAGUUGUUCCAAGUGCGGCAAAACGUUCCACAACAAGGCCCGACUCAAGCGACACAUGGUUUCCCAUCGGAACAAAUCGGUCCGGUGCGAGAUUUGUCAGGAAGAGUUUCCGGAUGGGCGCAGUCUAAUGAACCAUCGCCACUCGCAUACGAAAACCAAACAGUUCCCCUGCCACCAGUGUGGGAAAACUUUUGGCUCACGCUCGUCACAGCAGAUUCACCUCAGGAUUCACUCCGGGGAGCGGCCUUACGGGUGUCGCUUCUGCUGGAAAGCCUUCGCCGAUGGAGGAACGCUACGCAAACACGAGCGGGUCCACACCGGUGAGAAACCCUACGGUUGUUCGGUGUGCCCUCGUGCCUUUAAUCAACGAGUGGUGCUACGAGAGCACAUACGAUCUCACCACUCCGCGCCGGACACCAAACGAGGGACGGCCACGCAGCCGUAUUUCUGUGCCGUGUGCAGUCAACUGUUCGAAACCUCGAUGGAACUGAUUCAGCACUUGAUUCAGCACAGCGAUAUGAACACGGCCAUGAAGCGACAACCACCUACCUUCCCCAGAAAGUACAAACGACGAAGGAAACUUAAGUCAGAUGAAGAGGAAAAAUCCUCGUACACCAGCAAAAGUAGGAAAAAAGAGACCAAUAUCACCUACGUAGAAACGGAGCAAGAACUCGCAGAAGAUGAAGAUUUGUUGAAGGAUCCGGAGAAAGUUAUACUAGCCUACGGGGCAGGGAUUUCGAAUAAGAAACUAAUAGCAUCUCCCAAAUACAUAGGCUCUUACGAUCUAUUUACCCCAACAUCAGCUGACAUUAAACCCUCGACCGUAGAUGACAAUGGGAUUAAUCUACUUAGCAAUGUAGUUCUCGUCUCUAACAGUGAGAAAAAGAUAAAAUCUAUCAAAUCAGAAUCUCCAAAAGGUCGCGGAGUAAAACAAUCUUUAUCGCCCGGAGCGAUACCAACCAACCAGCCAGGAACAUCCUCUUCCGGGUCAAGACCUCGUAUGAUCCAUACUCAGAAAACCCGAGUAGCCGUCAACGAUGGGAAGCGUAAAACCAAAACCGUCAUCACCAAAGACAUCAAGAGCCACCCAGAAAGCUCCACCAACCCAUACUCAACCCUGGAGUUCAAACGAUCCAAAAAUCGCACGGUGCCAACCUACCGGGAAAUCCCGUCUGACAAGAUUUCCUCGGAAAGUUUCCCGCUCCUAGAUGACGGACGGGAAGAUGACGGCGACGGAGAUGACCAAUUGGAAUCGAACCAAGCCGCUCUUGAUGCCUUAUCCAGUAGCACUAGCCAGCGACACCAACAGGAGGUUCCCAACUAUGAGGAUCUUCUGAACCAGAACCUUCUGAUGGAAAUCUCCCGUAAAGACAAAUACAUCGACAAGUACAAUAGCGACAUCGUCAACGACCUCGAGGAAAUCCUCCGCUCUCCUAUCAAGACCACUAACAAUAAUGUGCCACCAGCGGUCAUCAUGGCCACACCCAAAGCUAGUCACCACCACAACAACAGCCAAGAUGAACAGGACGAAGAAGAGCUGGAUCAGAAACCUCGCAAAGCGUCCCGCAAGCAGCAGGUGAAGAAAAUCAGCAAAGAGUCCGCACAGAAAUCGCUCACUUCCGCGCUACGCAGUCAACGGCUGACCCGGCGUCAGCUGGAACGAGAGGUCAACUUCCUGCGGGAAGCCUACUCUCCUCCGAACCCCCACUCAACCGUCAGUAUCAAACAAGAAAAGGAUAGUCCGGACAAGCUUUCCGCUAUGCUGUUGAAUGAUCUCCAGCAGCCUUCUUCGUCUUCCAUGGCCGUCCCCAAGAUGGAACCAUUGCAACAGGAUCCCCUGGCGAUGACCACAGGCGGUGUUGGCGAAAUGGAAGACACCGAACUACAGGAGGCAGUGCCUCCUCCAGUUCCACCGGUGGUGCAAAUAUUCCAGUGUGAGAUCUGCCUGGCGGUGUUCGACAGUCGCUCUCAGCUAUUGGUACACGUGCCCAUCCAUAUCUGAAUUUAUCGUUAACUGUUGCUUUAAUUUUUGAUUGAUUGAUGAUAACGUUACAUCGAUUUCUCUCGCAUAUGAUCUUGGUUGACCGGAAAACUUACUUGGAAAGAAAGUAAUUCCAACUGAUGCGAAAGUGUUGUAAAAUAAGGUUACACAGUGAAGCUUAACUACUUGCAUUAUAAUUGUAGAUGUUAUUUUUGAAAUUACAAUUGAAAUAAAAAUGUGAAAUUAGAAGCUGAAAAUAGUCGCAUAUUUAUUACAAUAUCCGAAAAAUUAAAAAAAAAUCAUUUAUUUUUGACAGACAACUGCAGGGCUGUUAAAUCAUUUAUUUUUGACAGACAACUGCAGGGCUGUUACAACAGUCGCGGUUUUCGCGAAAAUCGCGAUUUUCGCGGAUUUAUGUGCCAGGACGCGGAUUUCGCGGAUCCUUCAAAUUUGGUCGCGGUUUUGUCUGAUUUAAGUCGUGCAUUUCGCGGAUGCCUGAUGGCAGUUGUAAUUUACUUUAAAACCAUUUUUAAUUAUCUUAAACUUUUUUCCACCAAAGCUUCUGUCAAACGUUAUCUUCUGCAGCUUCAAUGUAGUUUCUGUUUUAAGAAACUUUUCAAAACUACAAAAUAUAUUGAAAGUUUUCAUUUUCAUUUUCAUUUUGCAGCAUUUGGUGGGGCAAUGAGAGCGCAAGUCAGUCCAAAGCCGAUGAUAAGGAGGGGUAAUGGCUGAAUAGUCUUUGCUGACCACAUAAACGCCAUGGGAUAGGAAAAGGGUAUUUUGGUGUGGGAUUAGGGUGUUGGUGCAGACUUGACGAUAUCAAUGCUAUUCAGAUGCAAAAUAAUUUUAAGGCUCAAUAGUGAAUCGCAUACCUUCCAAAACCAAAAAACAAUAAUCCACAAAAUACCAAGCAAGUCAUAGAAAGAAAAAGCGCCCGAUUGUUUAUUUUGUCAAUUAUAACAAACGGAAACUUCUACCCUCUCCGACUCGCCAGUCACCCCGGAAAAAAUGUCCCUUCAGUUCUGGCAAUAUAUUAUCCCCAAUUAAGCCUUUAAUCGAAUUGUCCGCGUGGUCUUGUAGUACCCCUGCUAGGUAAGAAUCAGUCAUUGCCAUACAUAUUAAAUGCUAGACAUGACCCCAUGGAUAGCAUUUGCAUAUGUAAAAGCUUUGCUGAUGUGACUUUCCUAUUAGGCAAUUCUCUCAUCUCAUGUUUGUCUUCAAAACCUUAUCAAGCUUAGAAAAUUGAAGUUGAUAAACAAUACAUUACAAGGUUCGAAUUCCCAUAGAAUGAGAUCAUUCAUUCGCACUACAACACCAUAGGAGAUAAUACCAUAUUGGCUGAUUACAGUACAAAUGUGAAAAAUCUCCCUUUUCCCCCUAUCCGCAACCCUGGGACGCGCCCUGUUGGAUUUCGAAAGCCUCGGAGAAUAUUACAAACCUUCAAUGGCAUUACCAUAAACUAACCCACAUUGGCCAUUCAGGGGUCUGACUGGGCCUAUUACCCUCCCUCAGUUUGUAAUAUUCUCUCAAACUUGGAAUUAUAUUUUCCCGGCACAUAAAUGACUUCGACAAAUGUUCGAUAUACUAUGCAGCGUCAUGAUCAGUAUAACUAUAUCAGAUGACUUGGUGAUCUGAUUCUUACAGAAUUGUUUGCCAUUGAUUAUACAUUCAGCUAUUCUAAUCAUUACUGCAAAGGCCAUCGACCACAUGCCUGAAAUCAAAGCUUCCUGGAAGAUAUAAUCCAAGCCCAGGGACAAAAUAUAUUGAAAGUUGCAAAUGUAUGCAAAUUUCUCCAAGUCAAACAUUUUUGAAAUGGAAUGACAGCAUCCUUCACGAAUGUUUGCGAGGCAAGGGUCAUGCACUGUUUUUGAACCGAUCUUAUAUCUUCGUAAGAAAAACCAUAUGAAAAGAUUAAUAGUGUCUCUACAAUUUCUCUAGAUUCUGAUGGUAUUUCCCAAAUUGGUUGAAAUUCUCUGCUGAGAUAUCGCAACUUUGAUAUUAGUUUUGUCCUGUAUCUACAGGCUUAUAUCCAGGAUUGAGAUCUUUCAAUUCGGUUCUCUGCUCCACUAUGGGUGAUCAGAACUAAACAUUCCAAACAAUUUUGAAAAAAAUAGGUUAUACCGAAAAUUUCGUAAAAACAGAGACGAGCAAAGAUUUACUUAUAAAUGCUUCAUUUCAGUUCAUGUCAGUUUAUAAAAUAUUCAUAGUUCAAUUUUGUAAAUUGAACAACAGUAGAAACUUUUGUCAUAUUUAAAUUUCAAAAAAAAAAUAGUUUAAUAAAAUGUUGUAUGUAACUCGUUACAAAACUCGAUUUUUUCAACACUCUUCGUAUUAAUCGUGCUGGAAAAAUUGACUUUUUGCAACUCGUUACAUAAAUUGCUAUUCAUUUCGGGAUUUAGCAUUAGAUAUUUGUUUCCAAAAUUCUUAUUUUUUUUAUGUUGGAAGAAUCUAAUCAACAAAUUAUUUCUAAAACUCACCUUUCAUUUUUUCACUUCGAUGAGCGUACCUUGAAGUUAAUAAAAUAGGAAAACUCUGAUGGUCUGCUUCAAAGGUUAUCACAACUUUAAAAUUAUAUUUUCUCCUGUGACUAAAAUAGCUCGGCUCAUAAUACCCUUUCUGUAGGCAAUAGUUCUUCUUGUCCAGCAUCGUCGUUAUUUAUAUCUCGUUAACCAAGGUUAAAAAACGUUGCCCUUAUUCAAACUAUGAAGUAUUUCUUAAGAAUAAGAUCACUUGAAUACAAAGAUGGCCGCCUUGCAGUUUACUUGAGUUUGCCUCAAUAAAUGAAAUGAAUCUCACAAUGAAACUCGUCGAUUGUACCUACAUAUUAUUUUUCUUAUAAUUUGGACUAAUGAAACCAAAUCAUUGUGCUUCCUGUUUCUAGAGCAAAGUAUGAUUGUUCCUUGGCCCUGAGCCAUUCGGCGGGAUCUGCUUCGUAUUCUGCUGCUCUGUAAAAUGCAACUAAGCGAAUUUAUGGUCACUCGAAUCACUUCCCCCUAAAAGCCAAUCCAAGCGGCUCGUUGUGAUAAAUCACAAGAAAAUCCAACAACUACUUGGUCUCAACAUCUACACCGAUCUAAUAACUUCACACUGCCCCUGUAGAUACCAUCUACAAAAGAUCGAAGUAAUCCUAAUAGGGCACUGCAUUGUUUUGAUUUUGUAUGGGAUUUUGACGUUUCUUGGCCUUGUAGUUUACAAAAUUUCUGUAAGAGUGAAAGAGAAGGAAAGACUUGCAUGCAGUGCCCUAUUGUCGCUUCUGUGCGAGGAGACAGAAACAUCAGAACAUGUCCUCUGCUAUUGUAGUGCACUCACCUAUCGUAGGUUCAAGGCUCUUGACAAACCCUUCUUAGGGCUUGCUGUAAAUAUGAGUCUUAUUCCCCAAGGGCCCAAGGACGUGGUUGGCUUUAUAAAGCUAAUCUCACCAGAAUGGAGGAACACACUGUAAUUCAUCAAUAAGCUGGUCUUGAGUUCAAUCGACACUAAGGUAUCUCAGCAACAAACAUUUUACUGAGAUACUUCACAGAAAAAUGGUUUAUCACAAAAUAAUUUGAAAAACUUGUAUCGGGUUCAGAGAUAGUUGUUCCUGAAGUUUUGGGAAUCUCAAUACGUUUUCUGUAAUAACACAAACAAAGGUUGACGAAAAAUGUGGCCCUAAUGAAAAAUCGUUGAAAACUUCAUAGGAUCUACGAAACUAUUCUUAAAAACAUGU